AUGACAUGUCUCCGAGCAUCCCACAGUUAUGUUCCUGAUAUUCCUCUUGUGCACCCCCCUCCAAAAGAUGUCAGCAUCCCACUGUCCUGAUUCUCCCGCUGAAAGCCCGCAGAUCAGAGCGGCGGAAGUGAUUCCCUCCCCCCCUCUGCUUGUUCCAAUGCAAAUAUGACAUGUCCGAAUAACAUAUCGCCCAGUAACUUCCUGAUGGAUUCCUUGAUGGGAGGAUCAUCUUCCUUCAGGGCUGAGGGCUACGCCAGCAGCCCAGGAAUGUACCUCCACUCUGCUGCGGAGUGCGGAUAUUCAGUGAUGAGAAACAUUGGGAAGGUUGGACCAGCUUCUUCCCUCUCCAAACGAGACGAGGCUUCUCCGGGCGGAGUCUCGCUCAGCGGCUUCCAGGACGCGCCUUACCUGUCCGCACAGCUGGCCGCGUGGACCCCGGGCUCCAAAAGCUGCAGGGUCCAGCAACCUGUUGCCCAGUGUUUACAGCCCUGCUCGUUUCCAGCGGGCAGCGUCAAAGAGGAGGCGUUUUGUUGCCUCUAUCCAGAUGACAGCAAUAAGGGGAAGCAGACAACAGAGUCGGCCACCUACAUCCGGCUCGGAGACAAUAGCUGUCGGCCCGAGCCAACACCCGCCUCCUCCAGCGGCUAUUUCCAGGUGUACGGCGGGGAUAGGCCUCAGCAGGACGAGCAGCAGAUCCCCCCCGGCUUCUCCCUCACCCACCUGGCGUCAUCGGGUGAUUCAGCAGCAGCGACGACAGCGAGCUGCAGAAAACCUGCGCAGGAAACAGCGAGAGAGGUUUCCACAACAGAUGAGAGCAGGAAGGAGAAGGCCAAGAGUGACAGCUGCUCUGAUAACUCGGACCGGGAAUUAAAAGAUGACUCGUCUGCGGAAAAGACAACGGGAAGCUGGUUAAAAGCCAAAAGUGGAAGGAAGAAGCGCUGUCCCUACACGAAGCACCAGACUCUGGAGCUGGAGAAGGAGUUCUUGUUCAACAUGUAUCUGUCUCGGGAGCGCCGCCUGGAGAUCAGCCGGAGUAUCAACCUGACCGACAGACAGGUCAAGAUCUGGUUCCAAAACAGACGCAUGAAGCUCAAGAAGCUGAACAGGGAGAGCCGGGAGAGGGAGCAGAGUGCAGUUUACAACUAUUCCUGAAGACAUUUCUAGCGACACACACACACACACACUUACACAGAGAGUUGUAGAUAGACACGCAUGCGUCAUUUUGUAAUGCAUCCUAUUAUCAUUCAUAAAUUUAUCUCUUUAUGUGCGCACACUGAGUUUCCCUUUUUGGAGCGGCACUGAAAUAUUGAAGUGUACUUAAUUUGUCUUACAUAUUACUACCACGUCAAAAAAAGAAAAGAAGAAAAAAAAGCAGUUUUAAUUAGAUUAUAAACAACUCUGGUGGCAUGAAAGCAGUCUCUUCUUACUGAACUGUUCUUAAUGUUUUGCCACUUAUAUGCUGCUUCUUCGUUGGUGUCUGUGACAUUUUCGUGCUGUGUAAUGUGCAUGCACAGGAUGACAUUAAGUCCGAAACAAUAAAAAAAAAAAAGGAGGAGAAAAAUGGAAAGGUACUAACUUUGUCCUUCCCCUGGCAUUAUGGUGGUGAAAAUGUGAGGGAGGGGAGAGACACUGCGGAUGGGAGAAGGAGAUCACGGCGGUUUUAAUAGAAUUGAGAGACCAUAACGUUGAUUUAAAUAUUAUCCAGGUGACCACAGUAAGUCAAGGUCAUAAAAUUCUAAUGUCAGGUUCGCCCUGGAAAGCGGUGGGGGUGGAUUUUAUGAUCUGCAAAUAUAAUGUGCUGCAGCAGUAAAGAUGCGUUUAAAGGUGUGUGU